AAUGGCAAACAAACACAACACAGCUGAAAAGCAUGCAGCUUGGUGAACGCACGUGGUUAAAUUUUUCAGUCAAUUAAAGUUAUAAAUUUCACUCGCAUGAUUUUGCAUUCGACAAGAUGAAGAAUAAACCAAACAGACACAAAGAGGAGAACGUCUUCCGUUUCCAAUCCUUCACGGAGAGGAUCGCCUGUCUGAAGGUAGACGUUUUUCACCAAGUGCAGGCCUUCGACACUGACGCCGAGGAAGGCGAAACACACUUGCAAAAUGCCAUCGACAAGUGGAACGUGCAGAAUGGCACCGAGGCGUUUGAAAAGUGCCUUCGGCAGCUUCCCGACUGCCGCAGCCUGGCUCAGAUUUUGCUCAACAAGGAGAAAAUCGUGCAGAUUCUGUUCGAGCACAUCAACCAGCAAGACCCUCUUGCUCUUCAAGGACUUCUUGAGCUGCUGGUUGCUCUGGCCAGGGACAUGCGUCAUGAGUUUUACCCUCACUUUUCUGACACCCUCUCCCUGAUUUUUAAUUUGAUCACCACCUCACGGGACGCAGAUGUGCUGGAAUGGAGUUUUCAGUCGAUGGCAUAUCUCCUGAAAUUCCUCUGGCGCAGUUUGUUGAAGGAACCGACCGGCAUCGUUUUCAAACACGUCCUGCCCUUGCUAGAAGACUCUCGUCCCGUUUACAUCCAAGAGUUUGCCUCUCAGUGCUUUGCAUUUGUGGCUCGAAAAGUUCGUGACAAGGAAAGCUUUGUCAAAGCCAUCAUCGACAAACUGGACCGGGAGGAAGAUGGUAUUGAGGGCACAGGCAUUUUAGUAGCAGAGUCGAUUUAUGGUGCGAGCGGCUACUUCCACUCUGGUGCCGAGCCUUUUCUCCAACUCCUUAUUUCCUUUCUGGCAAGCCAAGAAUUGAACUGCCAAAUACUCCAGCAAGUUUUGACCUCGGCCAUCAAAAGGCUCAUUUUCAAAGUGAAAAAAGAGAACUUUGCCCCGUUUUGGAACACAAUUCCAGUUGUCCUUGUAGAAUUUGUGACGAAAUCUGAAUAUAAGGCUGUGACAAGACUUUUGGAAAUUUUGCAAGUCGUCAGUGAAACGAAAGGAGGCUUUUUCUUCCAAACAGCUCCGAUUUUGUCUGCCCUAAAGCAAUUGGUCAGCAGAGAGGAUGUUCCAGAACAAACGUUGCAGGCAAUCUCAGAUCUAGUGGCUGAAAUUCUCUGCUCGCCUGCACAGAAAUUGAGCCAAGAGGAAACUGCCACACUAACUUCCCAAGUUCUGAGCAUCAAACACAAAGCGAUUUUCCUCAACUUCAUCUCGAAGGUCAUAAACUGCAGUGGCUUCGAAGCGCAUGUCCUCCAAAAACUGGCCAAAUUUUGCAAAGAAACCUCAGAUGUGCAGGACUUCCCAAAACUUCUGCUCUUGUUGGCAAAAAUCAUUGAAGUCAAGGCACCUCCUUGUCAUUCAGGGCUAGAACUGCAAAACUGGAAACAGUACCCCCUGGGCAUUCAAAAGUCUCAGUUCACAGAAUUCCUUCUUCAGCAGCUGGACGAAGGUGACCUUGACAAAAUUAUGCCAGCAAUUGUUUUGCUGCCCCACAUGUAUUGCAUCGACCGGAAAUUGAUGCAGCAGAAAUUAGAGGGAAUAAUUGAACGAACUGGAAAGCACUCUGAGAAUGUGUUUAUUUUCGGACUUGCUGUGGAGGCUGCUGUCCAUCUCAUGUUGACCAGUGAACUAGAUAAGGAGGUCCUAAUAAAUUUUGCCAUUGAAAAUAAGGAUAAGUUGGCCGCUCUCAGAAUGCUCGACAUCUACAUCACAGCCGUAAACUCUAGAGAUCAAAAUGUUUUUAAUAAACUGAUGGAGGCCAAUUACCACCACAUUCUAUCAUCACCCUAUCACAAAAACCGAGUAUUGGCAAGUCACACGCUUUCCCUACUCGAGCCGGAGGAGAGUAAGAUUUUCACCAUGUGUCUUCAAGCAGAAAACACUCCGGCCACAAUCACUGACUACAGGGAUAGGGUGAAGGAGCUGCAGGGCCUGGAGUUCAAAUACAUACAUGACAUGAACGAAUUCAGUGCAAAUGUUGCACUUCGCUUCCUUAUUGGGAAUCUUUAUGUGAACUUCAAGUUGGUUUGGGAUCCUGUGACAUCCAUCAUUGUUUCGCAUGCAUCUUGCCAAGAUUCGCACAAGUUCUGGGAAAUAUUUGGAGAACAGCUUAAACUGGCUUGUCAGAGGUGCAACAAUAAUGAAUCUGUGGAAAUCUGUCUGCCAGAAUGCGAUCAAUUCGUUAGUGACCUGUAUGGGAGUCUUGAAGGUCAGUUGGACACUCCAGACCAUGCAAACUUCCGACGCCUUCUUUGGAAUGCAAUGACGUUCUUCCCUGAAGUGUGUGAGGCAAGAAAUCGAGACAUCUCCUCGUUGUUUUUGGACUUUUUGCAAAACGAGUUCUUCAACAAUGAUGUCAGCGAUGCAAACUUCUGGAAUGUAGCAAAAGAUAAAAAUGAGGAAAAAAUGGAUAUUGAUGAUCCAACUGAGCCUGCAGAGGAAGAGCCAGAAGAGGAGGAAGGUGAAGAGAAUGAGACGGAAACUCAAACAAUCAAAAGAUCCAAAACGAGACCAACACUUAAUUUGCUCCUGGCUCAUUUGGAGUUGCUGGCCAAGCUCAGGAACCCAAGAGGUAUGUUUCGAGAGUCCGAGCUUCACGACGCGUACCAGGAGCUGUUGAAAAUGAAGAAUUCCAAGGUUCAAAAGCUGGCUCUGGACUGCAUCAUGGCCUACAAAUUCAACUACCUGGUACCGUAUAAAGACCAACUGUAUGGCCUGGUUGGGGAAAAGGAGUUCAAGGACCAGCUGGUGGCAUUCAACAUUGGAACGGAUAGCGAUGUCGUGCUUCUCGAACACAGACCCCAGCUGAUUCCGGUUGUGAUGCGUAUCGUCUUCAGCAAAAUGCAGAGUAAGACUAAAAUCAAAGGCAGCUCCAAAAGGUCGCUCAUCCUGCGCUUCCUGGGUGGCUGUCGGCAAGAAGAACUUCUCAUUUUCCUUGGCCUCGCCUUCAAACUUGUCCUGGCAAACUGCAAAGAGGACGAGCCCUUUGAUGCCAUGGUGUUGAGAAUCAUGGACAGUGUUGAUUUGAAACGGAUGGUCCCUCCGAAGAGACUAAGCAGCGCCCUCAAUCUGGCCAACACUGUUUUGAGCCAAUUGGGUAGAAGAGAUGAAGGAAUGGCUCUUUGCUCACAGACUCUGCUCAAAAUUCAGCUGGUGGUCGCCGCCCAGGUGGCAGGGGUUUUGAGGAGGAAGGAGGAGGUGGCGAAAACUGCUGUUUCGGCCUACAGGAGCACCAGGAAGCAGGCAAUAGACUCCUUUUCCAAAUUUUUCUCAAGAGAUUACCAGGGAGAUGCGUCAAGUGUGUACAGGUGGUCUGCCCACGAGAUCGACGCAGUCUUUGAAGCCGUGGUGUGGCCCUCGAUAGACGUCCUGCAUGUUGAGAGUGUUGCAUACCCAACAGCAUUGCUGAAACUUUUUGGCGUGUGGGCCGGAAACACAAGGUAUUUCAACCUGUUGGUCAAGCACAGGGUUGGAUGUGAAAUGAGCAACCCUUUGGCCGCAAUGAUCAAGCUGCUAAAUGCGGAGGCUGUCAAGGGUCAGGUGGUCGCCGCAAUUUUGGAAUCCCUGACCAAUCUGCUCACCCUGAGACCAGCCACCGAUGAGGAGGAGGAGGAAAUGGACGCUGGAACUGCAGCUGCUGAGAUAGAGAAUGUGACUAAUGUGCUUCCAGUUGAUGAGGCAUAUUUGGAAAAAAUUCAAACUCCAGGUCUUCAGUUGAACUAUGGCAGCAAACUGAUCCUACCACAUGUGGCCGAUCUCCUCAACUACCUCCACAAGAGGGUCUCUUUGGCCAGCACCAAACUCAAGGCCAAGGGUGGCCUCAGUGAUAGAGACCUUGUGAUUUUAGCACGCGUCUCAGAGCUUGUCUACGACCCUGAGCUAAGUCUCUCAUUGCUGCGCCUUGUCCUGCCUCUGGCUGCCAAGAAGGCUAGUCUUGGAACUGGAGACAGGACGCUCGAGCCACUACUGAGCACCGCCUCUUUUCUGCUCCGUCGCAUUGACAAUCCCAGACAGUUCACUUUACAGAUAGCUCCCUUGUUUGGCUCCGUCCAGGGACGGGCAAGUAGAGAUAGACUUUCGCAGAUUGUCUUCAGCAGGGUAAUCAAUCUGAUUGACGAAGAGGAAGCCAAGGUUGUGUGUGACUUGAAUUCCUGGGACGGUAGGCACAUUGACGAGCCUGAUUUUGAGAAGAGAAUCAACAGUUUCACUCAAAUCAAGAACAUGGACCAAGCCAGUGUGCCAUUCUUCCUCAUGGUCAUCCACUCCAGCUUCCACACCCUGAAGGCGGUGAAGGAUUUAUCUUUGAAAGACUGCGCCUCUCUGUGCUUGCAGACUGUUUGCCCCAAACUGGCUAAGAGAUUUGCCAAUGACCCAGAAAACAGGACCAUCGUCAUGGAGCGAACCACAAUGGAGAUUAUCAGGAAGGGUUUGAGGGAUAAAAAUGAAGAGCUACAGCAUGAGCUGCUGUGCCUGUUGGGAGUAAUGGUCAGAGAAUGUGGACAGCUUCACCCAACCCUUAGGGAUCUGCAACCGCUGGCAUGUGCUGAGGACGUGGAGUUGGACUUCUUUGAAAAUAUUCGCCAUCUCCAAGUUCACAGAAGGGCCCGUGCUCUGAUGCGUUUUACCAACACAGUCAAAGAGAAUGGAGUUGUAAUGAAAACCACUACUUUGACGCAAAUCAUUUUGCCCUUAGCUUCCAGCUUUUUGUGUGUGGAGAAAUAUGCAAAAAUUAACAGCCUUGUUGACGCUGCCAUUGAUGCAUUGUCAACUGUAUGUUCAAUGCUGCCAUGGGCCGAGUACGAAACUGUUCUUAGAUUCAAUCUGAACAGGCUGCCCCGAAUGUUUGACUACCAAAAACAACUUGUUCGGACAGUGAUUGCAGUCCUUGAUGCUUACCAUUUUGAUUUGUCUGUCCUUGAAAAGAAACCCGUAGAGCCAGCUGUGACUGCUGUAGAGCUGAAAGGAAAAGACCUGGAUGACGAAGAGGAGCCUCAGGAUGAAGAGGAACUUGCAGAAGUUCUCGAAAAAGUCACUGAAAAAAAGGAAGAGGCUGUCAAGUGCACAGUUACUGAGGCAAACAAAAUCAGAAGCACAAUCCUGUUCCAACUUCUUCCCAAACUACAGAACACCGUGUCUGCAAAAUCUGCCACUGACAGCUUGCAUAAAGUAAACAAGAACACAGGUGACGUUGCUGAAGAGAGGGAACGAGAGGCGAGAGAAGUGCUGCGAGUUCCAAUCGCCCUGGCUAUUGUGAAGCUUUUGCAAAAACUUCCUGGCGACGCCUUGAAGCAAAACUUGACUGGUGUUCUUUUGAAAGUUUGCAUCUUUCUGAGGUCUCGUCUUGAGAGCACUCGUCGAGCUGCGAGAGAAACACUUCAGCAAAUGCUGAGAAUUUUGGGGACCAAGUUUUUGAACAAGAUGCUCUCCGAGUUGUGCUCUCUGUUGACCAGAGGCUACUUGGUGCAUGUCUUGAUUUACACUGUGCACUCUUUGAUUGUUGGAAUUGGUGAUAUCAUCCAGGCUGGUGACAUUGAUGCAUGUCUCCAAAAUAUCUUGAAGGUGUGCAUGACUGAUCUUUUUGGAUGUGCUGCUGAGGAAAAGGAAAUUGCACAAAUUGCCGGAAAAACAAGUGAAGCUAGAUCACACAAAAGCUUCGACACACUUCAUCUUGCUGCAAAAUAUGUGUCCGAAAAGUCUGUAACAGACAUUCUCAUUCCGAUCAAAAAUGAAUUAGCUUCAUCGCAUAGUUAUAAGGUUUUGAAAAAAGCAAACAAUUGCUUGCAGCAAAUAGUUCAAGGACUGGCCGAAAACACUUUCAUUUCUGCAGAGUCUUUGAUGACCUUUGCUUUUGGAACUGCUUCAGAAAGUAUUCCAGCUUUGCAGAGUGCAAUUAAAGCAAAUAACAAGCAAAAAGAAAAGCUGACGGCUGCUCAAAAGGCGAUCCAGCGGCCAGAUACAUUUCUAAUCACACCUGCGCCUAAAAGGAGUGGCCCCACAGUGACCAAGAAUGUGGACACCCAUGCCCACCUCUUCAUAGCUUUUGGCCUUCAACUCCUCCACUUUUUACUUAAAAGAGAGCGAACAAAGGAGAUACCUGACGAGAUGCUGGAUCCCUUUGUGGCCAUCUUGGCCAAAAGCUUGAAUUCCCAGCACAACAAGCUGACAGUACUGUCCCUCCAGUGUCUCGCAUGGCUGCUGAAAUUGGAACUCCCAAGCUUGAAAGAGAACAUUGAGACUAUUGCAGACAACAUUUUCAAAAUUCUGCACAAGUACUCUGGUAGCGCGCAAGGAAAAGGAGAUAACUUUGACAUGGCCAAUGCUGCCUUUAAGGCUGUUGGAGUUCUUGUUCGGGAGGUUGAGUACCACAACAUCAGGAAAGAGCAAGUUCGUCUGCUUUUGCUUUACGCCGAAAGAGACAUUCAGGCUGACUCCUCUCGUCAGGCAACAGCUUUCACCCUAUUGAAAGCAAUCUUGAGACGUCGAUUGUCCUCUCCUGAUAUGCAGCAAGUUAUGAGGACUGUAGCUGAACUUUCCAUCACCUCCCCAAUGAACCAUGUCAGACAACAAGCCCGACAAGUGUUCUUAUUUUACAUGUCCGAGUACCAGUCUGGAAAACAUUUUGAAAACCAGUUGACCUUCAUGCUCUCCCAACUCAACUUUGAGCUGCAGACAGGACGGAUGUCUGCUCUGGACACCCUAAGUGCCCUCAUCAAUAAUAUGCCUCAUCAGCGUUUGUCUUCUGUGUGCAGCCUCAUUUUUAUUUCAAUGUCGGCCUCACUCAUCAACGAUGAAGACCCAGAAUGCAGACAGCUUGCUGCAAAAAUUCUGAAAUCCAUGCUGCAACGUUUAGAGCCCAAAAGCAGGGAGUUGCUAUUCAGUAUUGUUGUCGCUUGGCUCCAAGACAAAAAAAUGGCGCACAGAAGACUUGCUGCUCAAGUGUGUGGCCUUUUUGUUGCCCUCGAAGGGGAGAAAUUUGCCCAGCGCCUGCCCAUCAUUCUUCCUCUUGUAUACUCCUGCCUGUGCCCAGUUAGCAAAAUCGGUCGUUUUGUGCGGGCACCGAAGGAGCAGGAGGAAGUCGAGGACGAGGACACCAAUUCUGGGGGCAGUAUUGAAGACCACUUGCUCUACCAAGCUCUGCAGCUUUUGGUGAAGAUCUCUGGUCACUGCCCCAACUGGCUGAGAAACGCCAAAAUUGAAGAGAGUGUGUCUGAUAUCUGUCUGGAGAUGACCCGCCUUCUCUGUCACUCUCACGAAUGGGUCCGUUUGGGAGCCUGUCAGUUUAUAGGUUGCAUCUUUGCUGCCCUAGACGCAGCUGCAAUUGCCGAGGCCGUGGCCAAUAGAAAGGAAGAGGCGCCAGAUCUACUUAUUUUCAAACUCAACCCUGAGCUUGUCCUCAAGUCUUUGGUGUUGGAUCUGUGCGACCUUCUGCAGCCUGGAGAUUUGCAGCCGCAGCUAGCUGAGCAGGUUGUGAAGAAUUUGGUUUACCUGGCGCGAGUUUUGAAGCACAUUCCAAAAGAUUACGCAGUUAGUUUUGAUGAUGAUGAUGAAGAAGAGGAAGAUGGUGAAAAGAAGCACCAACCCAAAUUGUCAUUGGUCUGGAUGGCCAAGAGAAUGAGGAAAAUUGUCAAUCUGGAGAUUGCCAAGGCGCCGAAAAGUGGCACCUUGCGCGACUCUGUCCUUAAGUGGACGACGGCUGUGAUCAUCGAUCUCGGACCCGAGGCUCUCCUGAAGAACCCGAUGCUUAUGCACCACAUGCUGGCACCUGUGGUUAGGGAGAUUACUAUAACAAAUGAAAACAACCCCCAUGCACCUCACGGGCUGAGAAAGUUGGCAAAGGAAGUGGCCAACAUUAUUAAAGGACAGAUUGGCGUUGAAGCUUUCGCGCUGGCCACGUCCAAAUUGAAUGCCAAAUUUAGUGAGCAUAAAGCAACAAGAAAGAGGAAAAUAGCGCAACAGGCAAUCACCGACCCCGAGUUGGCGGCCAAACGAAGGAUUAAGAAGCAGGCUAUGAAAAAAGUUUUGAAGAAAAAGAAAAUAAACAGUUUGAGAGGCCGAGUGAGGAAAGACCACAGGCUGCACCAAGAUGAGGAAAUGGAUGUCUAAGACUAUAUAAUUUUUACUAAAAGAAAAUUCAAUUCAAAAUUUGCUUUAUAUCAUUUAUUGUUAGGUAAUAAUUUUAUCACAACUAUCAAGUUGAGUACUUUUCAUUCAAACUAAAGACUUGGUUUUUUCUUAAGACAAACUUGAAGAGCAAAAUUUUUAGAUCAUAAGCUACAUAAGCAUUUAAACAGACAACCAAUAAAUUGAAAAACAAACAAAAAACAGCGAAGAAUUUAUAUAGGUGGUGGGUGAAAUAACAAGGGUGCGCUUUAAAUUAAAUUCGUCGGGAGUUUCGGAUUGAAACUUUCAAUAAAAUAAACAACUGCUCGGUACUUCGCAGUGAAUUUCAAGUACGGCACGAUUUUUAAAAAUGUUCUUCCAUUCUCUCUCGAUCCAACCAAUUUACA